UGUCUCGUUGAAGUAUAAAAGCGCAUUUUAUGUUUUGGACAUCACAUAUAUUAUAUUCCUACUAGUAACCAUGAACAUGAUGUGUGUUACUUCGUUGAUAAUUCUUGCUGCAGUGUGUGGAAUAAAUGCACAAAUAGCAACCUACGGUGACGAGGAAGGUUCGGGCGUUCCAUACUGGUGCCCUCGCGGAAGCCCAAGGAUUUUUUGUAAAGCCAACCCUUGCACCGUGAACCGAUGUCCAGCCUAUCCAAGGGCAAUUUGCAGAAAUGACAACCCGUGCGAGCCUGCCUGUGAGGGGCACUUCUACAUUGAUGGCAGACGACUUACAGACGAUCAGUGCCAAGAAAUAGCAACCUACGGUGACGAGGGAGGUUCGGGCGUGCCAUCCUGGUGCCCUCGCGGAAGCCCAUUGGUUCGUUGUUUCGUCAACCCUUGCACCGUGAACCGAUGUCCAGCCUAUCCAGGGGCAAUUUGCAGAAAUGACAACCCGUGCGAGCCUGCCUGUCAGGGGCACUUCUACAUUGAUGGCAGACAACUUACAGACGAUCAGUGCCAAGCACAAGGUGGCCCUAUAGUUCCAUCCUGGUGCCCGCCGGGAAGCCCAGGAGUAUUUUGUUUCGUCAACCCGUGCACGGUGAACACGUGCCCUGCAUUCCCAAGUGCAAGAUGCAUAAACGACAAUCCCUGUAACCCGGCCUGCGAAGGGAAUUUCUACCUCCGCCGUCGGAAACUGACGGACGCAGAGUGUCAAGGUGGACCUCAGAACACCUAUUAAUUGAAAAAAGUCAACGCUCUCAUCGAUCUGUGUGCCUGAUUUUUAUUUUACUGCUCUGUGAUAAAUCAUGAAAUGAAAUAAAAAAAAAAAUACA